AGAAACACCAAAAAGGGGAUUACGUAGCGAUAAGAAGGAUCGAAAUCGGUCCGUUUUGCGUGCAUUUCCAUGCUUCCACCUGAUCAGAACCAAUCAGGGCCGUCGGUUUUCGUGACCAUCCCAUCAAGUUCAACCUUUGGCAGGAAUCGUGUAACUAUUUCUUCUUCUUCUUCUUCUUGCUUCUAUUUUGUUGCCCAAACCGAGAGGGGCCUGCAACAAAACCAAAACGAGGGAAAAAGCCCUUUUCAAGUUUCAAGGUUAGAGAGUUAAGGAUAGAUUAACCAACGAACUGAGUUCUCUGCCUUGGUGUUUGUUUGGUAUCAACUUCCUGGAAGAACCCAUAAAUUGGGUAAUCGUUCAUCCUUGGUUUAGCGUGUAGUAGAGAGAGAGAGAGACAGAGAGAGAGAGAGACAGAGGCAGAGAGAGAGGGAGAGGGGUUUCGAGGAAUGCGUGUGGAGGAUGCCGAUGAUCUUGAAAUGGGGGAUUCAAGAUCAGUUCCGAUUUCACCGCGAGCGUACAAAUGGAUGGUGAAUUUCCAUCGGGAUUUGUUGGCGGGGGCUUUCAUGGGCGGACUUGUACACACAAUCGUUGCCCCAAUUGAGAGGGCGAAGCUUCUGUUACAGACCCAAGAGAGCAAUCUGGCGAUUGUUGGGGUUGGGCGAAGGAGGUUCAAGGGUAUGUUCGAUUGUAUUUUUCGCACCGUUCGAGAAGAAGGCGUUCUCUCUCUAUGGAGAGGCAAUGGAAGCAGUGUUAUUCGCUAUUACCCUUCUGUUGCCCUCAAUUUUUCUCUUAAGGAUCUAUAUAAAGACAUGUUAAGGAAUAGCUUUGUAGAUGGUCACUUUCUUUCUGGUCCAUCAGCCAAUUUUAUAGCUGGGGCAGCUGCAGGUUGUUCAACAUUGAUUUUAAUAUACCCUUUAGAUAUUUCGCACACACGCCUUGCUGCUGAUAUCGGAAGAACCGACGUCCGACAGUUUCGAGGCAUCUGCCAUUUCCUUGCUACCAUACACAAGAAGGAUGGGAUUGGAGGGAUUUACAGGGGCCUUCCAGCCUCUCUACAAGGAAUGGUGGUGCACAGAGGCCUUUAUUUUGGAGGCUUUGACACCAUGAAAGAGAUUUUGGUAGAACAGUCUAAAUCAGAGUUGGCUCUAUGGAAGCGUUGGGGAGUGGCUCAAGUGGUCACAACCUCUGCUGGAUUGUUGUCGUAUCCAUUCGACACGGUUAGAAGGCGAAUGAUGAUGCAAUCCGGGCUGGAUAAACCGAUGUACAACAGCACUCUAGACUGCUGGAAGACGAUUUAUCGAAAGGAGGGGGUUAGCUCUUUCUAUCGAGGCGCCGUUUCGAACAUGUUCAGAAGUACAGGUGCAGCUGCAAUCCUUGUUUUGUACGACGAGGUGAAGAAGUUCAUGAAAUGGGGCGGGUUGUAACAGAAGGAAGAACACUAUCUGACAUUUGAUGACACAUCUUGUAGGGUUUAGAAACGAGCACGAUAUCGUUGCUUUGACCGUGUUCCUUAACCGAUCAGCAAUUACAUAAAGAUUGAUUGAUUUUUGUUUGUUAAGAACAGUAAUAAGAAAAAAAAGAAGAGAUUCUGAUAUGGAAAGGAAGUUAGUUGGCGUCCUGAUUCUUCUGCAACCUUCUGAAAGCUCCUUUAAACAAUGCUUUAC